GCCCUCAACCUCGGAACUAUGUGAUGACAUAUUCAUCUGUUAGAUGGCGAUCUUCUGUUUACUGCUUCGGUGGAGGGCAUGAGACAUCUGCAGAACUCUUGGCUGCCGUUCGGGUCGCAUUAUUUUGGUCGGUUGAACUUUGAAAUUGACUCUUUUUGCUUCGGUAGUGGACCUGUGUGUGUGCAGAAAGUGAACAUCGGUUGUGGAGCACUUUGGAACUUGUGGACUAAAGUGCUGUUUUAACUUGGAUCUGACCUCUGAAUGCGUAUUUUCUUUGGGUUCCACACUUGUUGCUUGGGCUUCAAUGUAAGAAGACAAGCUGCACGUUUUUUCCCCCCACAAUCCCUGCUUCGCUGGAGAAACCUUCCUUUGUUACGUCCACCACUCGAGUGUGGACAACGAUGAUGAAGAUGUCAGCGCAAGAACCCCGGACUCCAAUACUGAUCACAACCGUCUAUGUAUUGUUUCUGGUCCUUGGCACCUCCACAGCAGAUGUCCCUGAGGAGGAGGGCUUCAAUGCGGAGGCAUGGCUUCGUCAGUUUGGCUACCUGUCUCAGGCCAGCAGGCAGAUGUCCACCAUGCAGUCGGCCCAGAUCCUGUCCCAAGCCAUCAGCGACAUGCAGCGUUUCUACGGCUUGGAGGUGACCGGAAAGACGGACGCUGCCACAAUCGCAGCCAUGCGUCGACCUCGCUGUGGCCUCCCAGACAGAAAAGCAGACAUGGAGGAUGGAGCGAGGAGGAGGCGCUACGCUCUCACUGGACAACGGUGGGACAAGGACCGCCUGACUUACAGUAUAUUGGACCAGCACAUCCCGCCCUCCCUGGGAGCAGAGGGGGCAUACGAUGCAAUCCGCCGAGCCUUUGACGUGUGGAGAAAGGUCACACCGCUCACCUUCCGACAGCUGCCCGCCCCACACGGCAACAGCAGCGAGGCCCAGCUCGCCGACAUCCUGUUGUUGUUUGCCUCUGGUUUCCAUGGCGACAUGUCCUUGUUUGAUGGCGAGGGGGGCUCACUGGCUCACGCCUUCUACCCCGGGCCGGGAAUGGGCGGGGAUACACACUUUGAUGCAGACGAGCCUUGGACUUUGGACAGUCCAAACCUUCAAGGUGUCGAUCUCUUCCUGGUUGCGGUGCACGAGCUCGGUCAUGCUUUAGGUCUGGAGCACUCGGACAAUCCUGACGCCGUCAUGGCUCCCUUCUAUCAGUGGAGUCACACGCACAACUUCACACUGCAUGACGAUGACAUCCAGGGGAUACAGCACAUAUAUGGUCCUCCUGUCAUCACAGAGGUCCCUCCCACGUCUCCUCCCUCCUCCGAUGGUGAUCCUGAAGCUGAAUCAACCACCGGCCCUUCUCCUGCUGAGGAAGAACCCACCCAUUCGCCUCCAGUUGAACACCCGACCGGAAGAAGCCCGCGUGAGCCUGAAACAACCCCCGGCCCGACUUCUCAUCGCCCCGCAACCCCCACAACCUCCCAUCCUGAUCCCGAACCCGUCACCCCGCCCAUCAGAAAAGACGUUCCCCUUCCUCCGCCCACCCGUCGGCUUCCCAAGCAGCCAGACAACACGGUGCCUGAGAUCUGUGACGGGGACUUUGACACUGUGACCUUGCUGAGGGGAGAGAUGUUUGUGUUCAAGGGUCGCUGGUUUUGGCGAGUCCGUAGGAACCGUGUCCUGGACAACUAUCCCAUGCCGAUAUCUGUCUUCUGGGGUGGUCUUCCUAGCGACAUUGACGCAGCUUAUGAACGCCACGAUGGCAAAUUUGUCUUCUUUAAAGAUGAUCAAUACUGGCUCUUCAGGGAAGCGGAUCUCCUGCCAGGAUACCCACAACCCAUUCGGGAAUAUGGUCAAGGAGUUCCCACACACGGCAUCGACACAGCAAUCUGGUGGGAGCCAAACGGACACACCUACUUUUUCUCUGAUGACAGGUACUGGCGAUACAAUGAGGAGACCCGCAAAGCGGAUCGAGACUUCCCGAAACCAAUCAGCAGAUGGGGCAAGAUCCCUCCGUCACCCAAAGGAGCCUUCCUCAGUGACGAUGGCGCUUACACCUAUUUCUACAAAGGCACAAACUACUGGAGGUUUGACAACCACAAGACGGCAGCAGACAAAGGCUACCCCCGCUCCAUCCUCAAGGAUUUCAUGGGCUGUGUGGGCGUCCCCGAGCCUCGGCCAGACCCGGACACCGAGCCUGAAGACAAAACCACCAAGCCUUCAGGCGGAGGAGAUGGUGGGCAGAAAGAUGCGGACAAAGGCAAGAACCGAGACUCAGAAAAAGAGGAUAAAACGAAGACAGACAGUGCGGAGGAAGAGGAGGACAGCAGUGACGUGAACGUGGUGGUGACGGUGGCCAACAAUGACUCCAAGGUCAUGACCCUGAUCAUGGUGGUGGUUCCUCUGGUGCUCAUUGUGUGUAUCCUCGUCCUCAUCUACGCCAUCCUCAGGACUCUGCAGAACAAAGAGACCCCCAGGGCUCUGGUGCACUGUAAGCGCUCGCUGCAGGACUGGGUGUGACGCUAACACACUUUCAGGAGAGCCUUUUUUUUUUUGGACUUGAGCGUGGCAGGAAGAUCGUUUUAGCAUUGCAUCCUGCAAAGCAACCUAUGAAGUGGUUACUACGGUGCCCGUGGAGCUCUUUCACCAAUGUGCCUUGUCCUGCUCCCACUAUUGAUGUCCUGUAAAAGUGGCACAGAGGAUUGGAAGCCUUUUCAGCAUUUCUAGCCGUACAAAUGAAGAACAGUUGUCAUCCAGAGGAUAUGCACUUCAUCAGCAACACAUUUGCCCCUUUUUUUUUUCUUUCCCCUAAGCGCUCUCAAGCACACACGCUAGCAGGGGUCAUCCUCCGAGCAGCGCAGGAAUGUCAGACACACGGCCAAACAUCACAUGAUCUCGAAAAGCGACACGCAUAAGUGACCACUUACUCAAACAACGGCACAUGAGGUAUUUUUUUUGCACAGACCUCCCCUCGUCCCACUAUGAUGACUUCUGAGGCUCCACCAUUAAAUGUACAAUCCCAGCAGAGUCAUAUUCAUGUACAGUAGAUCGAGAAACACACUAACGGACACACCCAUAAAAACCCUACAAAUGCCUGCUUUUGAUACUCUAAACCAGGUGUCAUCAAUUACAUUUGUUCAACGGCCACAAUUUUUCUUGGCAGACUCUGUGAGGGCAGAUGGUGUCAUUUAAAAACAACAACAACAAAUAUAUGCGUGUGUGUCAGACUCAUAUUACUUGUAUUGCAGAAAGCCACCAAAGUCCAAGUUACAGCGCAAACACAUCGGCUUCUUCACUGCAUUUUGGGUAAACACGUAUGCCUCGCUGUUGCCCCCUGCAGAGCGGGGGAAGUGCUGCACGGACGAGCACGUCUCUAGUUAGACUGAAUGGUUUCAGUAUUUGGGUGAUGUUAGGCGGGCCAGUGGGCCACCUAUUGAGGACCCGCUUGUAUUGUACUUUAGGAAAAACUUUUUUUUCGUAAUUUUGCCCAUCAAGCAGAUUCCUUAUGUGAGACAUGAACAAAAAACUGUGCAAAAAAAUGGCAGUAAUCGCUAGCCGCUGUGGUGUGGCGAGGUGUCACUACGCCAGUACUGUAGUUCUUUGGCGUAAUAAUGUUAAUAACAAUAAUAAUAGCUGUCGCUGCAGCUUGGUUAAUAUGCAGGUCACAUUAUGCAAAUGGAGCGUUGUUGGCGCUUUUUGGAGUUUUUUUCGGACUGCGUUACAGGCGGAAACAUUGCAUCCCAUUACGUGCAUUCUUACCUGCCUCUUUUUAGCUGUUUUUGUAUCUUUAGAACGCACAGAAAAGAGAAAGACAUACGUGUCCAUGUCUCACAUAAGAAUUGUGGAUGAUGAGCAAUAAACGUGCAGUUUUCCUUUCAAGACACGUGCAGUUACACAACAUCACGUCCUGACGAAGCAUCUUCCUGCUGGAAAAUGUUGAGUGCAUUGACUUGUGGGAUGACGCCUUCUACUGGAUUCAUAGUUGCAGCACUCCUUUCCCCCCCUGCCUAUCAAACCACUUAAUGUAUGUUAGUGUUUAAAAAAAUGAUCAUUUACAAUCUAAAGCAAAGAAAAGAAAUGUGUGACUGUGUGAGGGGAUCUACUGUACAGUACGGAUGGUGCCAAGAAGGGUGUACAGUCGUCCCUCGCCGCUUCGUGGUUCCAAUUUCACGGCUUCACUCUUAUCAAAAUCAAUGAAUAAAUUAUUGCUGUCUGGUGACUGAAUAUCGCCUAUUAGUAGUCCAAAAAUAUGAAUAAUUUAGCAAAUUUGAUGUGUUCUUGGCCUAAAUAAAGCAUUUUGAAACAUAAAAAUUGCUAAAUGAACGAAAAUACAAAUAGAAGGCAUUCAGAAGACGCAUUUAAAGACAUGAUGUGUAGUAUUGUGUGUAUUGCUGACAUUAUGUCUACUAAAUUGGGUAAUACGAGUGUAAAGGUGACUACAAAUGGUUUAGAAGGUCUCAAACAGGUUUUGUAUGUUCUUAAGUACGAAAAUGUGCCAUGAAAAAGGAUAACUACUUUGCUGAAAUACAAAAAACGCGAAAAACGAGGGAUUACUGUAUUCACUUUGUGGUAUUUAACAAAUCACUCAUGAAAUGUGUAACCUAUAUGUACGAUGCAUCUUUAUGCUUUGGUGGACAUUGGUGAAUCCUGCAGACAAAAAGCAAAUGGCCCCGUGUCUGCUUUCCAUUAGGCCCACGUGUUACACAUUUAGGCUUGAAGAAAAAGGAGAGAAAUGCAAAAAAUGGACUGAACGUGCUGGUGGGAUGAGGAGUAAAUAAGAGAGAAUGAGAUGAGGGGGGGAUGGAGUUGGAGGGUGAAGAAGCGAAGAUUUUUUUUGUGGAAAAAGAGAAGUAGAGGAAGGAAGAAAAGAAAAAGAGGGAGGAGCAGCGCUGGCGUUGCGCCUCUUGACCUAGAUGAUUCAAAUCCCACUCCUCCACUUUGUUGUCUUUAGCAGGAGAUGACUUCCCUUCUGGCCUCCUCCCUUUUCUUCCGUCCACUUUUCCUCUUCCGCAUAUUCUCAUCACUUCUCUGUUCCCGUGUGUAUACUUUUUUGAAUCUGUUUUCUUCUGCACUCCAAACUACAAAAACGACAUGCUACGUACCUUUUUGUUGUAUUUGUCUGACUGUAGGAAAAGCUACUUGAUUGCGAUGUGUAGUUUUGUACACGAGCAGACAUUUAUUGCUAAUUGUGUUGAUGCAUGCAGAGCAUGUUGUUUAGGGCCUUCACAAAAUUGGCAAUAAAAUUCACAGUAAAAACCAGCACUCGUCCUUUCAUUGCCAAAGUUUCAAACAUAUGUUUGUUAUUACCUGGAAGGAGCUCUUUUCACUGCGGGCAUAUUUUUCACCACAAGAGGGAGGCUUUGCUUCUCCAAUGACACCAUUUUUGUCCUGUAAUUAACUAGUUAACAAUAUAUUUAACAACAAAAAAUAACAUUAACAACUAACUCACAUUCGACCGGAAAGCCUCCC